AUGCCAUCACCUCCACCAAAAACACCCACAACAUCUAGUUCUGAGCCCCUCGCAGUCACCUCCACAUCUCCUGCCAUAGCUGCAUCACCUACUUCAGGAAGCCCUGAACCUCCUGCCAUGGCUGCGCCAUGCACUUCUGGAAGCCCUGUACCUCCUGCCAUAGCUGCACCACUCACUUCAGGAAGACAUUUACCACCUAACCCUGUACCUCCUGCCAUAGCUGCACCAUGCACUUCUGGAAGCCCUGUACCUCCUGCCAUAGCUGCACCACCCACUUCAGGAAGCCAUUUACCACCUAACAUAGCUGCACCACCCACUUCAGGAAGCCCUGUACCUCCUGCCAUAGCUGCACCACCCACUUCAGGAAGCCCUGUACCUCCUGCCAUAGCUGCACCACCCACUUUAGGAAGCCCUGUACCUCCUGCCAUAGCUGCACUACCCACUUCAGGAAACCAUAUACUGUUUGCUGGAAAAUUUGUACUCACCUGUGGCACUUCCUUUGGAAGUGAUAUCUUUGCCACCCAAUAG